AUGUCGUGCAGCAUCGAAAUCGUCACAACGCCUACGGCUGACACGCCAGGCACAACGCUGGUGCUGCGAACGGCGACCAAGCACUAUGUUUUCGGUAAUCUGGCAGAGGGUACUCAACGGGCAAUGGUACAGCAGGGCACACGUCUGCUGAAGGCCCAGGAUUUCUUCUUGACGGGAAGGGCAGAGUGGAAAAAUAUGGGCGGGUUGAUUGGCAUGAUGCUCACAUUGGCUGACUCGAGUACGAGCUCUUAUACCACAGCCAUGGAAUCGUUUCGUCAGGCUCAGGAGCGGGGAAAGAAAGGCGAAGCGCCACCAAAACCGCACUUUGACAUAUACGGACCGCCGAACCUAAAGCAUACACUAGCAACAUGCCGGAGAUUUAUCUUCAGAAAGGGCAUACCGAUCAAUGCUACCGAAUAUGUGAAGCAGUCGCCUGAGAAGAACGAGGAUGGUGUCAUAGUCCCGACCUGGGAGGACGCAAGUAUCAAAGUGUGGGCCAUGUCAGUAUCGCCGAGCGGUUCUGAACCUGAUAAAAAAGCGGAAGCUGAACUGGAAAAGCGGCAAAAGCACUUUGACACACACUUGAACACGUUUGACGAAUUUCAAGCUCCUGAGAACGAGAGUCCAGAAGACCGCGAAGCAAGAUACGGAAAAAUACGGACGGCGACUAUCAAGUACAUGUUUGACUCGAAUUGGAGGAUGGACACACUUGUAGAACGACAUAUCUCCGAGGUAGAAAUGCCUGCAGCCAUAUUCGUUCGUAACCCCAACACACACGGAUACGAGCCCUACCAAGGUCCAAAGCCGGGCGGCCCAGAUCCUCUUCCCGAUAUCACCGUCUGGACCCGGACGCCGUGGCCUGGCGCUACCAUUCUGGCCCUUCCACCAACUAGGCCAGCGCCAGAAUGUGUGUCGUAUAUUGUGCGGUCGCUUCCAUUUCGUGGUCAAUUCGAUGUCGCACGUGCGAAAGCGCUAGGUGUUAAACCGGGGCCUGAUUUUGGAAAGCUGACCAAUGGCCAGUCAGUACAGAAUGCGAAUGGAGAGACAAUAACCCCAGAACAGGUUGUCGGAGCUGACAGGCCUGGUCAAGGUGUUGCCAUCCUGGACAUUCCCUCAGUUGCGUACGUUGAAAGCAUCCUGCAGCGAGAAGAACUUAGCUCUCCAGAAGUGAUGACUGGCAUUGGAGCUAUCGUUUGGAUGCUGGGUCCAGGCGUUGCGGGCCAUCCGACUCUUGUUGAGUUUAUGAACAAGAUGGACGGUGUGGAACACGUAAUAUCGUCUCUGGAUACUGCGCCAAAUCGCAUUGCAAAUGACUCAGUAGCGGCGCAGGCUACGCGUCUUGGACAGAUCGACCCAACAAGAUAUUCUACGCCCGUGUUCGACAACACUUCUCUACCACAAAAUAGUCUGUAUAGGACUGGUACGUCAGCAGUAUCGCUGUUGUCCAAAGGAGCCAUCGCCGCUGACCGGGGUUCUGCUUUGCCGUCUAAGUACCGUAACGUGUCUGCCACUUUAGUACGGGUUCCUGGUAUUGGCAACUAUCUUCUUGAUUGUGGAGAGAACACACUUGGUCAACUUUCAAGAGUCUUUCCCUAUGAAGAGCUCAUUGAUAUCAUCAAGAACCUGCGGAUAAUCUGGAUCAGUCACCUACACGCUGAUCACCAUCUGGGUACAGCGGCGGUAAUCCGUGCAUGGUACCAAGUAGUACACAAUGCCGUCCCCAACUCCGAGUCCCUCGAUACUUCCGCGAGCAACAUAAACACUAGCGCAUACGGUCUUUCUGUAAUAUCACACAGUGGGAUGCUACAGUGGCUCAGCGAGUACUCUGCAAUCGAAGACUUCGGAUACAGCCGGAUCCUCCCUCUUCAAAUCACCGCCAAUGAACCACGGAAGAGCUCGACAUUAUCCAUAGUAAACUCGUUCGGAAAAGAUGUGUCUGAGAACCCGAUCGUGCAAAGAGAGGACUAUGAGCGCCUGUUUGGGUUCCAAGACAUACAAGCGGCUAAGGUAGCACAUUGUAACGGAGCCAUGGCUGUUUCAAUGACUUUCCCGAGCUCGCCAUCAGAUCCCAAAGACGUAAAGCCACUCAAAGUCAGCUAUUCGGGUGACUGCAGACCGAGCUACCACUUCUCCAAAAUUGGAACUGACACGACUGUCCUCAUUCACGAAGCAACUUUCGAUGAUGAGCUCCAAGGUGACGCAAAGGCGAAGAAACAUUCCACCACGUCCGAGGCUUUGGGUAUCGGCGCGCAGAUGAAUGCUAAGGCCGUGGUGCUCACGCACUUCAGCCAGCGAUACCAGAAAAUUCCCGUCUUACAGACCGUCACCGACGGUGAGGAAGAGGACCCUCUACUCAACCCCAAAGAAGUCGCCGAAGACGUUCCCAUGGAAGACGAAGAAGCCGAAGUUGACCCCACUAUCGAGAAUGCAGACAACAUGGACAUGCACCCCACUAUUCCAUCUUCCACAGCACCAGCUCCAGGCCCUGCGAAACCGAUCCAUUCGCUCACACAUGAAACCUCGUCUUCGCUCCGCGAAAAUGCGCGUGUCAUCAAAGUACGCAACAAGGACAUGAAGGUCGCCAUCGCAUUUGACUACAUGCGCGUCAAGAUUGGUGAAAUUUGCGAGCUGGAAAAGUUCAACGAUGCACUGAAUGAGCUACUUGUCAAGGAUGAGGACGCGGACGGCGCACUAGAGGGAGCUACAAAGGGCGCGAAUGGCAACGGGAAGAGAGCGAGUGAGGACGAUGGCGAGGGCAAGGAGGGUAAGGGAAAGAAAAAGCAGAAGAAACAGAAAGAGAAGAGCAAGCGGAACAACUGAGUUGCGCUGGAAGUGAUAUUCAUGAGUCACGGUAUCGAUGUAAAAUAUAUGUAGAAAUCAAGGCGUCUGAUGUGUGUCUAGAACGGCUCGAAGAAAUUUUCUCAUGAUGCCUUCCACGAUCUGUGUAUAGAGCUUGUCGCCACUGACUCCAAUGCAACGC